CCCUCACAAGAGUCCGAGAGAGAGGCGGAGACGCUCCUAUGGCUGAAGGACUAUUUCCAGCUCGAUGUUGACCUACUGAAGCUAUACAACGAGUGGAGUGAACGUGACGCGGUGUUCAUGAGGUUCAGAAGAAGAUUCGAAGGGAUACGGAUGCUGCGGCAGGAUCCAUGGGAGAAUCUAGUAUCCUUUAUAUGCUCAUCAAAUAAUAACAUCACACGCAUCACAAAAAUGGUGAAGUCAUUGUGUGAAAAAUAUUCUCCGCCGCUGCUAUCUAUGCCACCUCCUUUAGCACUCGAAUCCUUCCAUCCAUUUCCACCACCUUCUCGCCUUGCUGCGACUGAUGUGUCUGCGACGCUCCGGUCUCUUGGUUUUGGCUACCGCGCGGAAUAUAUACAAAAGACAGCUAAGAUGCUUGUUAAUCAGCAUGAGGGAUCUUCAAACUCCUCUGACGCUCAAGAGGCGGCUGAGCUAUGGUUGAUCUCCUUGCGAAAGAUGCCAACGUCGCAAGUGAGGGCAGAGCUGCUCAAGUUCAUGGGCGUAGGCCGGAAGGUAGCCGACUGCGUUCUACUUAUGAGUAUGGACAAAAAAGAAGUGAUACCUGUCGAUACACACGUUCACCAAAUCGCCAUGAAGCAUUAUGACGUGCGGGGAGCAAAUAGCAGACGAGGAGCGUCUGCAACGAAGCAGGCCUUGUCAGCAAAACUUUACGAGGAAGUUAGCUUGAAGCUGAUGGGCGUCUGGGGAGAUUAUGCCGGAUGGGCGCACUCAGUGCUUUUCACAGCUGAUUUGAGGUCAUUCUCGUCC